AUCCUGUCUCGCAAGUCUAAAGCAACACACCCAACUGAGAGGGACAGACAAAUGGCCCACACCAUAUGCAUAAACAUUUCACUCCUUUUGCCCACUCCCUCCUAACAGGAAACACUGAAACUACCUUUCUUAUUCAGAGUUUAUAACAAUGCAAUAAUUUGUGUCUCAUGUUUUACAAAAGGUCUCUGUGUGUCUGGUUAAAGGGGUCUCAUUCUCUUAACAAUAGAGCAGGUAACCACAAACAUUAUAAACAGACUACUCCCAGGUUUUUCACACAAAUUACCUCCAGUAUGUAAAUACAGCCUCCCAUAGAAACCAAAGAAACCAAUCUUCAAAGGGUAAUAUGCUAAACCCCUGCAAUAAAUGCCAUUUGGCAAUUCUGGGGUCCUGCUGGAUAUAUAAGGGAAGGUGACAAAGAGCUCAGGGAAUCUGUAAACAGAUAUCCCGCAUAAUUGCUGUGCGUAGCUCUGAAUUAUCAGGAAAGAUAGCAACACGCAAGAAUCCUUCUACCGGAUCAUUGGCUACCGUCAUUGGACCAGUGGGCGGACCUUACAGUGGUGACCAACCUCCGUGAUCUCCCUACUUAGGCGAGUGACGUCUUUCCAGCGCGAAUUUCAGAUUGAUUCUCACGGAGAAUAUGAGGUUUGAGCUCCUUCUUCCCUGUCUACAACUGCUGUGGUAAGUUCGUUCCUUUUUCCUAUUAGAAGUGUUGAGGGAAAGUUUUGUGCACCUCACAUAUAGACACAUUUUUAGAACGGGUCGACAUACCCAUUGUUAGACCGGAGACCGUAGAAAUCCGGUGGGGGGAGAAUUAACUGGGGAAACAUGGCUUUUCAGGGACAAUACAGCGACAGUGUAGAUCAGGAGAUCAUGGAAAUUCAAGCCCUACAAAUAAAAGACACUCUUCUUCGUUUAAACGAUAAAGGAUUCAACCUUAAAUGGAAGAACAAUGAAAUCAUAUCCUGGUUUUUGGCCGAGGGCAAAAAAUUGACGUCUAAAGCGAAAUAUAAAAAAAUCCCGACUGCCAUCGUCUACCUUCUUCGCAAAAAUGACCUAGAGACAAUAGCUGAAAAUGAACGCGCGAUAACAAGCAUAAAAGAAAUUGAAAAGGCGCGCUCUGAAGAAUUGCAAAAGUUAAGAGCACAGGUCGAGGCAUUUACUUUCGAAAGACAAGGUUGGGCAAGACAGAGUGAGAUGAUGUCUAGAAAAAUCGAAGAACUUCAAAACAAACUCCAAAACGGCAAUAAUUACAUAUCAGCUCUUGAAGACUGCUGUGAUAAUGCAGGCUUCCCAGUGGCUGCAGUUAAGCAAGCGGCACUGGACGAAACCUUUGAUUAUGAUAGGAACAGCGAUAGUGACGACGAUGAUGUCACCGCUUUAGAGUGUCAAACACGGAGGGAAACUCGUAACCGAGAUCCCGUUCAGAGACAUGGAGAACAAAACCAGCUAAGUCCGAUAAAAACCAGAGCAAAACUCAGCGAAAAACCAUCCAAAUCAGUCUGAGUUGCUGUACUCAAAACCAUGACUAAUGCAAACGGUGAUAUAACCACGAUUAGCCGCCCAUUAACAUGCGACGAAUGUUCGAAACAUAAACAAAUCGUGGGAAUGAUGCCCAAAAAAGGACCAUUUCAACCAUAUUGGGACACACUGAUGUUACAGGCCACAGUGUAUAAAUUGGAAACUAGGGAUGUAUGGCAAAUCGCACUCCUAACCAUUCCUGAAGAACUCCGAGCUAAAUUAACCGCUCAAAUGAAAUCUGGAGACGUAAUAAAGCGAAAACAAUA